GUACCCUACCACUAGCAAGCAAUCUUUAUCAAACUCUCCUCGUUUCGUUCCACAUGAGCCUGCUUCCGCCUCGCCAGGACAUGGUAGACCAUAUGAUCGGGGCCCACGUCGGCCGACCAGAUCUUUGGGCGACAUCGGGCUUGAACCGCUCGAUUCCCACAGCUCUUCUUCAUCUUUCGCCCAAGAAAAUCAGCUCGACUCUAGCCUGCGUGACCCACGCCUGCUUCAGGACUCUGAAGGUCGAGCCUUCACUCCACCAAAGCUUGCGCCUGAUCUUCCACCGGCUCUUUACUUCCUUGACCGCCGGGGUACCUCAAUCCGCUGUUCCGUCUCCGGCCACCCACGACCGCGAGUCCGAUGGUUUGCGAUCCCAUCUACAGGGUCCUCAGGAGGAGCAACUUCUGAAAGUACAGAAUCAAGUUCUGGACUCGGGGUCAUCGGGGCCCCCGGAAUGGCGUUCCAGGGAUCCGAAGGCUCCGAGGCUGAGAGCGAAUUCGGGUUCCCAAAGAACGCCAGGUAUGCUUGGACGGCAGUAUCUUUUUUAUGCGAAUGACAGUUGGGUUUACUCUUAUUUUUAA